AUGUCUGUCAAGCUGUUGAUCCUCGGCACAGGCGGCUUAUUGGCCGCAGUUAGGCGGUGCUCAGAGACGACGGUGAUGGGCGCAUUUAACCAUACACCGAGCAGAUCCGGGGGUAGGGGCUCCCCGCGGAGUCUCCGCGCAGGCUGCAGGGUGCCACCCACACGGUGCGAUGCGCGCUACUCAUGCUGCGGCCAAACCCUUCCGCUGCCAAGCGCAGCCCUGGAGGCUGGGGACCGCGCCAAGCACUGCGGCUGGUGGCCUCUGCUCCGCGGCGUGAACAGCGGGCAGGACCCGCCCCUCGCGGGCCGGAGCCAGCGCUCCCCGGGGCAGGCACAGGGGGCGCCGCAGGGGUCACACUCAGGUGCGUCUCGCCUACAAAUCCCAGACACCUCCGCUCGCGGUCCCUCCGCCACCCCCCGGCCGGGCGCGGCCCCCGCCCCAGCGGGGAGCGGCUGCCGAGUAGAGUCGCGCCCGCGGAGGCAGCGCUCCCAGGUGCAGGGCAUGGCCGAGCCGGAGCCGAGCCGGGCGGCCCUGCUGGGCUUCCUGCGGGAGCACGGCGGGCAGGUGCGGAGCGCGGAGCUGCGGGGCCGCUUCAAGCCGCUGCUGGAGGCCGGCGAGCCCGGGGAGCGAGCCGCCCGCCGCGAGCGCUUCAAGGCGCUGGUGAACAGCGUGGCCGUGGUGAAGGAGCUGGACGGGGCCAAGUUCGUGGUGCUGCGGAAGAAGCUCCGAGCCCAGGCUGGGGGGGAGCCGGACGCGGGAGCGCAGCCCCCCGAGGCGCCUCCGGAGGGCGUUGGGCAGAGCGGGGCAGGCGGGCAGGGGCCGCCCCCUGCCCCGCCGGCAGCCGAGGAGAGCCGGUCCCCGAAGCCUGUGUCCGAGCUGAGGGGGCUGUUUCAGAGCCAGGACGGCGAGACGCCUGGGCCCCCCCCGGGGAUGGCUGGGCCCCCCAGGAGAGAGGCCCCCCAGAAGCCCUGCAUGUUGCCAGUGCGCUGCCCGCAGCCGGCUAGAGGGAUUGAGGAGCUGCCAAGGCAGCAGGAGCAGCUUGAGGACAGAGCCAGGCUGCAAGUGGGGACCCUGCUGGACCUCCCUGAGCCGGCCUCCCCCAGAUCCCCGCACAUGAAGAGGAGGCAGGUGGACGAGGCGGGUGCCAGGUCGCCCCACCUGCGAAGGGUGUCAAAGACUCAGAAGGUGAGCGAAGAAACCGGCUGCACUGCUGCUGUUCCCCUGGAAUCUCUGGAGCACGAAUGGCUGGUGAAAGCCACCGCCGGCCAGUGGUCCCAGCGGCUUCAUGGCCUCUUGCUGAGCGAUGCUAAUCUGGCAGGGAAAAGGGACUUCAUGUCCGGGUUCACAGCUCUGCACUGGGCAGCUAAGAGUGGGAACUGUGACAUGGUGGGGAAGAUCAUUGAAGUGGCCAAGAAAGGUGGCACUGAAAUUGAUGUGAAUGCCAAGUCCUACGGAGGUUACACUCCCCUCCACAUCGCUGCAAUACAUGGCCGAGAAGAUGUCAUUACCACAUUGGUCAAGACAUACAAUGUCAAGGUUAAUCUGAGAGACUACAGUGGGAAAAAGCCACACCACUACUUAAAAGAAGGGUCCUCUUAUGCAGUCAGGCAUCUGCUGGGUGAUCCUGAUCUUCACACCAGUGUUGGACAUGCCUUUCCAAUCAAGAAAAAUCCAAAAAUUGCUGCUUCCAUCUUGAGCUCCACCAGCACCUUCCUUGGAGUCUUAUCUGACGACAUGCCCUUCUAUGAUCUAAGCAGGGGUUUGAAGAAGACUUCUUCCUUAAAUAAGCUCCUUAAUGCAUCUGCAGGCUCAAGGAAGAAGCCUAAGACUAGGGGGACUUUCCCGUCUUAUUCUUCUCUUGUCGAAGCAGUGGAGGAAGAGCAGGAGGAGGAGGCCACAGUGAAACACAGACCAGUUUCUGAGCUGUUCUUCAGUCACUAG